GAGGGCGUGUGAAGCGUGACAACUCGAAGGAGCAAAAAGGGGGAAAAUAAAAUUAGGGUUUACAUUACAACAACCUAAAUACUUGUUUCUGAAAUCCCAGCCUGCACAACCACAACCGCCAUAACCGCCACCUUUCCUGCUCUCAAGUCUCAACCCACAACCUAAUUUAUCUCUCUUUCAUUCUGCGAUUAAUUCACACCAAAACACAAAGAAAAUAAAAAUGACGAAAUCAUCACAAUUCAUCAAAAAGAAGAAAGGUGCUAAAGCUCCUGUACAUACUGGCAAUGCCAACGAAUCUUCCCGCAUUCGUGUUGUUCAACUUCUUGAAAACUUUCGUGAUUCGAUUGAUCGAGCUUAUACUUUUGACUCUAGCAUGAGCAGCUUUGAACGUGCUAUGGUUCAUCAGAAUUGCCGAAAAAUGGGUAUGGUUUCAAGAAGUUCUGGGGUAGGCAAUAAACGGAGUGUUACAGUGUACAAGGACAAGAAAAAGAAAAAGUUGGAUCGCUUGGAACGAAAAGAUAGUGCGAUAACAUUUUCAGAAGAAGCUAAAAGAGUCCUUUUCGACUUAUUCACUCAUUAUCCACCUGGUGAAGAUGAACUUAGAAAACAAAAACUUAAUGAGCCCAGUGAUAGUACACCUAAGUCACGGAGCAGACGUGAUACAAUAUUUCAUAGGCCUAUAAUGGACAAAGCCGAAAUAGCAAAGAAGGUGGAUAUGCUCACAAGCAGAAUAAGGAACUUACCAAAAUUGAAAAAGAUAUCUGAGGACAAGGCUAAGCUUCCUAUUGCAGCUUUCCAGGAUGUUAUUACAUCAACAAUCGCAACUCACCAGGUGGUGCUCAUAUCUGGUGAGACUGGUUGCGGGAAAACUACACAGGUUCCCCAAUUUCUUUUAGAUUACAUGUGGAGUAGCGGUAAGGCCUGCAAAAUAAUCUGUACACAACCACGGCGUAUUUCAGCUAUGUCAGUUGCUGAAAGAAUUUCUCAUGAAAGAGGAGAAGAAAUUGGAGAAACUGUUGGAUACAAGAUACGACUGGAUACUAAAGGUGACAGACAAUCAUCUAUCUUGUUUUGCACAAACGGAGUCAUGUUGAGGGUGCUCGUUUCUAAGGGGUCUAGUGGAAAAUCAGGAGCAAUAAAUCUGCAGGAGUUCUCCCACAUCAUAGUGGAUGAGAUUCAUGAAAGAGAUCGAUAUUCGGAUUUCAUGCUUACAAUUCUCAGAGACUUGCUUCCAAUUUAUCCACAUUUUCGUUUGGUGUUAAUGAGUGCUACACUUGAUGCUGAAAGAUUUUCUCAGUAUUUUGGUGGCUGCCCUAUCAUCCGUGUGCCUGGAUUCACUCAUCCUGUCAAAACUUUUUACUUGGAGGAAGUUGUGUCCAUAGUAAGAGAACCGGGAAAGAACUAUCUUAAUUGUACUUCAUUUAGCUGCGACACUGAAGAUUGCAGCUUGAGUGAGGAGACUCGCACAGCAUUAGAUGAGGCAAUUGAGAUGGCAAACUCAAAUAAAGAAUUUGAUCCUCUUCUAGAAUCAAUAUGUUCAAACGGAACGUCCAAUUUUCUGAAUUAUCAGCAUUCUUUAACUGGAGUGACUCCGUUAAUGGUUUUUGCGGCUAAUGGGAGAGUAGGUGAUAUCUCUACACUUCUUUGUUUAGGUGCAGACUGCCAUGUGCAGGCCCUUGAUGGAAGCACUGCAUUAGACUGGGCCAAGCGCAAAGAUCAGCCUGAAGCUGAAGAAAUUAUAGUGAAACACAUGGUAGAUAGCUCUUCGAGCUCAAUCAAAGCGCACAAGUUGGUUGAGAAAUAUAUGUCAAGCCUUAACCCUGAGCUCAUUGAUUUUGUUCUAAUAGAGCAGUUGCUGAGGAAGAUAUGUAUGGAGUCAGAAAGUGGAGCAAUCCUUGUUUUUCUUCCAGGAUGGGAAGAUAUUAACAAGACCCGAGAGCGCUUGUCUGCUAAUCCGUUUUACAAAGAUUCUUCAAAGUUCCUAAUCUUAUCUCUUCACUCUAUGGUUCCUGGAGCUGAGCAAAAUAAAGUCUUUAAACGGCCACCUCCAGGUUGCCGAAAAAUCAUCCUCUCUACUAAUAUAGCUGAGAGUGCCAUUACUAUUGACGAUGUUGUCUACGUCAUUGAUAGUGGUCGAAUGAAGGAGAAAAAUUAUGAUCCGUACAGUAAUGUGUCUACCUUACAUUCCUCAUGGACUUCCCAGGCAAGUGCAAAACAGCGAGAAGGACGUGCGGGCCGCUGCCAGCCUGGAGUCUGUUAUCAUCUUUAUUCAAAAAUACGAUUUGCAUCACUUCCAGAGUUCCAAGUACCUGAAAUAAAGAGAAUGCCGAUUGAGGAGUUAUGUUUGCAGGUCAAGAUGCUUGAUCCUAAUUGCAAAAUAGAGGAAUUUUUGAAGAAAACACUAGAUCCUCCAAUAGCUCAGACUAUAGAAAAUGCUCUCUCUGUUCUCCAAGAUAUUGGUGCAUUGUCACAUGAUGAGCGAUUGACAGAAUUAGGAAAAAAACUGGGUUCUCUGCCUGUGCACCCGUUAAUCGGUAAUAUGCUAUUCUUUGCUACAUUGUUAAACUGUCUGGAUCCGGCAUUGACGCUUGCAUGUGCGGCUGAUUAUAGAGAACCCUUCAUUUUACCCAUGUUACCUAAUGAAAAGAAACUAGCGGAUGCAGCAAAAGCUGAGCUUGCAUCAUUAUAUGGAGGACAUAGUGAUCAACUGGCAAUUGUUGCUGCAUUUGACUGCUGGAGGAGUGCAAAGGACAAGGGUCAAGAAUUUCGAUUUUGUUCUGAAUAUUUUAUCUCCUCGAGCAUCAUGCGUAUGCUGUCAGGUAUGCGUAAACAACUUGAAAAUGAGCUGAUCAGGACUGGGUGUAUACCAGAUGAUAUUUCAAGCUGUAGUAUGAAUGCAAGGGAGCCGGGUAUAAUCCGCGCAGUGAUUGUGGCUGGCUUGUAUCCAAUGGUGGGAAGAUUGUGUCCGCCUCUCAAGAGAGAAAAAAAGUUUAUUGUGGAGAUGGCCAGUGGUGAAAAAGUUCAUUUGCAUCCUUACUCAAUCAACUCAAAGUUAUCUAUUAAAGAGUCUGAUGAUCGCCCUCUACUCGUAUAUGAUGAGGUAACUCGAGGGGAUAUGGGUAUGCACACAAGAAACUGCACGAUCAUCGGUCCACUUCCUUUAUUAUUACUUGCAAAUGAAAUUUAUGUGGCGCCUGCAGCUGGAAGGGACGAUACUGGUGAUGAUGAUGGUAGUGGAAGUGAUCCUGCUGGUAAUGAAGGUGAAUUGGAAGGCCUUGAUAAGAAGAAUAAACAGGGAGAAAUGGUGAUGUCAUCCCCAGAUAAUGAUGUUACAGUAAUAGUUGAUCGAUGGCUCUCCUUCAGAUCAACAGCUCUUGAAGUUGCACAGAUUUACUGCUUGAGAGAGAGGUUAUCUGCCGCCAUCCUUUUCAAAAUAACAACUCCAAAAAAGGUUCUUCCUCCAGUUCUUGGGACAUCCGUUUAUGCAAUUGCUUGCCUUCUUGCAUAUGAUGGAAUGAUGGGAAUUUCAUUAUUUAAAAAAUCUGUGGACACUUUGACUUCUAUGGUGAAUAAUACUGAAAUUGGUAACUCGUCUGCUGUGAAGGAGGAGAGUAAGAAUAGCUUCCUCAUUUCUUUAAUCAACCAUAGUGUCCAUAGUAAUCUAAGUUCCUCCCAUGAGACCUCAAUGCAGCAUGCGAAUAGGAAGCGAAGGCGUGGUGGUUCGGCAAAAUGAUCCUUUUAAAUCUGGCUAAGUGUAUAAUGGUAGGAGAGUAAUGUUUGUCUGCUAUACUCCCAACUACUUGAAGUGGGUUUUAGAGUCCAUAUCAUUAUUUCCCUAUUUUCGGAGUACUCGUGCUGCAUUUGUUGAGCACUUGAAUGGCAGGCAUAUUGAUUCCCCAUCUUGAUGUACGGAACUAACCAAGCACUGCUCAUUACUUGUAUAUAGUUCCUAAUGUUUGUACUAUAGUCACCAAAAUUAAUCUUGCUGAUUCUGGUUUGGGUCAAAUAUUAGCUUCCUCCAAAAUCAACACGAAGAGUUUUUGAAGCUCUCUUUGUGCCUCAGCAAGUUGGUAUCUGACUAGCUGUGAUUUAUGUUGUUAUUACCGACUUUAUGUAGUUUGAA